AUGGGAAAGAUCUACAACUGGCUUGCCGCCCCUGGCAAAAAGGGCCCCAUCGCAGAUGCCGCUCCAACCCAAAUCGUGGCUCGCCUUCCCGGCAGCGAUUCCUGCAAUGACAAGACGGCGCUGGCCGAAGUCACCGAGGUCCUUUCCAAGGAGGACGACUCGGUGCAUAACGUGACUGGCUACGUGGACAAGCAAAAGGACGGCCGUCUCGACCGCUGGCUCGACUGGGUCGUCUGGGCCUCGGGCUCGGAGCCCGUCUUCCUCUUCAUCGUGGCCGGCCUGCUGGCGUGGGCCCUCGUGGGCAUCCAGUACGGCGAGACGGACUCGUGGGCCGUCAUGAUCUCGGACAUCCAGGCCAUCCUCAGCUACCUCUUUGACUCGCUGCUCGUGCGCCAGCAGCUCAACGGCUACGACAAGAUGAUCCGGCUGACGGCGAGCCUGCGCUCCCGCAGCGUCAGCCACCAGCGCAUGCUGCGCACCGUGCAGGCCCGCGGCCAGGGCCUGCCGCGCGACGACGCCGCCGCCGCCGCCGAGCUGGAGCGGCGGUUCCGGCAGACGCGCGCCGACGCGGGCCUGCCGCAGGAGAGCUGGCUGGGCCGUCUGUCGACGCGCGCCUCAGACGUCAUGGGCCACUUUGCCACGCUCUGCUUCUACUGGGUCGGCAUCUUUGUCUGGCUCGGCUUCGGCCACUACUGCGGCUGGAGCGACCGCUGGCAGCUGUACAUCAACUCGGCCACGUCGGCGCUCAUGGUGCUCGUCUUCGCCUUCCUGGCCAACAUCCGCGAGCGCCACGCGCUCUUCACCAACCGCUGGCUGGGGCUGCUCUUCGAGGCCGACUCGACGGUCGAGCGGCGCCUGCGGCUGCUCACGGGCGACGACGCGCCGAACGAGGUCGUCGAGGUGCCGGCGCCGACCAUGAGCCACCUGCAGCGCGCCAUCUUCUACUACGCCGACUUUGUCGGCACGCUGACGGGCGUGGCCAUCCUCGUCGCCGUCAUCGUCGUCUGGGUCGCCAUCGGGCCCGCCAUGGGCUUCAGCUCCAACUGGUGGCUGCUCAUCGGCACCUACGCCGGCCUCAUCGGCCUCAACGACGGCUUCGUCCUGCGCAACCUGCAGCACGAGCUCGAGCGCUACGAGAACGACGCCUUUGCCGAGGCCAGCUUCGCCGACCUGGCCGUGCUGGACGACGCCGGCGUCGCCGACCCGGCCGCCGACGCUGCCCGGCCCGCCUUGUCGCUGAGCUCGCGCCUGUCGGAGCGCAUGGGCACCUUCUUCUCCCACGAGUACGUCGUCAUGGCCGAUGUUGUUCUCAUCAUCGGUCUGGUCAUUGGUGCGAGUGCCAUGCGCUGGACCGUCACGGGCCAGCUACUGUGCAAUGUGCCUCCCAGCCUGAUUGAGACCUUCAUCAUGCUGAUUCUGAUUACGGGACACAACCUGGGCGAGGUUCGCCGCAGGGAAAGCAUCGAAAAGAUGUAUUUGCGCAGGCUCAAGGUACUCACCUACGUCGACAUGGUCGGGGACAGAACCGGCGACAAGGCAGAGGGCGCUUAG